AUGUCGCUGGCUUACGAAACUUUACCUGCGGUUGGAAUGGCGAAAACUUACUGCAUUAACAGUCAAGUUGCUGAUUCAGCUUGUACCUCGACGGCCUAUUUAUGCGGCAUAAAAGCAAAUUUUUACACAGUUGGCGUCAACGGGAAAGUUAAACUCGACGAUUGUUCGUUCAAUGAAACUAAUAAAGCGCCAUCUAUUGCGAAAUGGGCUUUGGAUGCGGGAAAAGCGGCGGGUUUGGUAACAACGACAAGUGUCACGAAUGCAUCUCCGGCGGGGGUUUUCGGGCAUGCUUCGAAUCGUUUUUGGGAAUUGGAUUCGGGAGUUGUGAGCAGCGGAUGCGAUCCUGAAGUUACUGACGAUUUGGCGGAACAAAUUGUGAGAAGUGACGUUGGAUCGCGACUCAAAGUAAUUCUCGGAGCAGGAAGUUCACUUUUUAGAGGCAAAAAUUCGGUUGGCGAAAAUGGAGAAAUGGGAGCUCGGGAAGAUGGCGUCGAUUUAAUCGCAGAAUGGAAAAAUUCAACAAAGGGAAGUUACGUUUGGAACAAAGAAAUGUUGAUGAAAAUCAAUCCAAAGAAAACUUCGCGUCUUUUGGGACUUUUCCAUUCUUACAGCAUGCUUUACAAUUUGGAAGUUUUGGAACAAGGACGACAACAUCUCGAUCCAUCACUCGCUGAAAUGACGGAAAAAGCAAUUGACAUGCUAAAAACUGAGAAAAAAGGUUUCUUUUUGUUCGUCGAAGGCGGCAGAAUUGAUCAUGGAAAUCACGAAAAUCGAGCAAAAAUUGCUCUUGAUGAAACUGUUGAAUUUUCCAAAGCAAUCCAAGCAGCGAUGGAUAAAGUUAACAUGAAAGAAACUUUAAUUGUCGUCUCGGCGGAUCAUUCUCAUGCCUUUAGUUACUCCGGAUAUCCCGAAAGAGACGCAGAUAUUCUCGGAAUAAAUGAAGAUUUAGCUGAAGAUGGACUCAGUUCAAUGUUUUUGAGUUACGCCAAUGGACAGGGAUUUAAAAAGCAUGUUGAUCAGGAAAAUGGAGGAAGAAUUGAUCCAAAACCGUUUCCGAGACCAAUUUAUUUUGAAUAUCCUUCGAUGAUUCCGACUCAGUAUGAAACGCAUGGCGGAGAAGAUGUUGGUAUUUAUGCAGGAGGUCCUUGGGCUGAAUUGUUCACGGGAGUCAUGGAGCAACAUACGAUUCCGCAUUUGAUGGCUUAUGCUGCUUGUAUUGGCGAUGGAUUAAAAGCUUGUGAUGAAAAAUAA